CAAAAAUAAAAAAUAAAAUCUAAGGACAAACUGCAAAUAAAUUAAAGACGCCUUAUUAACAUAUUGUCUUGUUAUUAUUGUUAAGAGAUUAGCAAAAAAAAAAUAUCAAAGCAUGCCAGAAUAUAUGAUAUGCCGAAUAUGCUUAACAGAAGACAUGAAUGUUGACACUAUGACACCACUCUACGACGAACAGGACGUCCAAUGUCCCCUAGUUCGGAAAAUAGAGGAAAUCGGAAGCAUUAAGCUACCGCCACUAGAGGAUAUGCCAAGCCUUCUCUGCUGCAGUUGCGUCGGCAGCCUGACCAGCGCCUAUAAAUUUCGGGAAUUGUGCCAGGAAAGCGAGCGAACCUUUGCCAGUAGCGUUGUGAAGUUUUUCAAGGCUGAAUUAAAAUUGGAGCCCACGGAUGAUCCUUCACAAAUUGAAAGUGAUACUGUGGAGUACAUUUACGAGGCUACCAACGAGUUUAUCGAUCCCGACGAUGAUAUUGAAUUCGAUGCUAUGUUAGAAGAGCGCUUGGAAGAAACAAUCGAGGAGGCGGAAACUGACGCAGCCUACGAUGAUUUCGAGGGGACUCGAGAUCUGGAUGACAAGAACAUAUUGCUUGGCAAUGCCAGUGACAGUGACUACGAUCCCAGUGAGCGUCUGCGAAAGCCAAAGGUGCGAAAAUCGAGGCAUGGCAAACGUGGACGGGGACGGCCUCGGAAUCCAACACAUGCAGGGCUGAAGCAUGGCCAGGCGAAACCAGCUACUGCUGCCACGGCCAGUAAAUCAAAUGAGGACACCUCUACAAACAUCAUGUGUGAAAUAUGCGGUAAUAUCUACUCGAAGCGAGCCGCCCUCAAUAUUCACAUGCGUCGUCACAUGUCCGAGAAGCCUUUCGAAUGCGAGAUCUGCGCUAAGACGUUCGCCGGACCCUCAGAGCUUAAUCGGCACAUACGAGUGCAUACAGGCGAAAAGCCUUUUACGUGCAAAUACUGUUCCCGCUCAUUUGCUGAUCGCAGCUCAAAUAUACGCCACGAAAGAACGCACACAAACGAGCGACCCUUUUCCUGUGGAACAUGUGGCAAGUCGUUCUCUUAUUCGAAUGUCCUCAAGAAUCACAUGUUGACGCAUACGGGCGAAAAACCCUUUUUAUGCUUGCCGUGCAAUAAGACAUUCUCCCGCAAACACCAGCUGGAGCAGCACAUCGGAACUAUGACCCAUCAGCAAACUGAAAGAGCUCUGCAGACUACCGAUGCGGUACGUCAUUCUGAGAUAUAUUAGUCAUUCGCAACGGAUUAAUCAAUUAUUUAGUUUUUACAUAAGUUAAAUUAAAAUCCUUACUGUAAAUAAAAAGUACAAAUUUAAGAA